UCACAGACUUUGCACAUGUUCUGCGAAUGAUUAAUGAUAAAUGAGGAAUUAAGUAUCAGAAUGUAUCACUAGGAUCAUAACACUUCCUAUUUGUCUCCAGCACUGUAACUUUACCUGCAUUCUGAUUAUUGCAAGAAUCUUGCUGUAUUCUGAAAUUAGUGAAACAUGACCAACCAGUCUCUUCAUGUCAACAUUGACACGUGGAUUGCUGAAAAUGAGGGUUCAUUUCUACCACCUGUAUGCAACAAAUUAAUGUUCUUUUAUCAACUGAAUAUUAUGUUUGUUGGUGGUCCAAAUAUAAGGAAGGAUUAUCACAUUGAGGAAGGGGAAGAGCUCUUUUACCAGGUGAGGGGCGACAUGGUUUUGAAAGUUAUAGAGAACGGCAAGCAUAAAGACGUACACAUUCGAGAAGGAGAGAUGUUCCUGCUUCCAGCACGGGUUCCCCAUUCUCCUCAGAGAUACGCAAACACGGUAGGGCUGGUCGUGGAGAGGAGGAGGCUUCGCUCUGAGACAGAUGGCCUAAGGUACUUUGUGGGUAACACUACAGAUGUCUUGUUUGAACGUUGGUUCUACUGUGAGAACCUGGGAACCCAACUUGUUCCCAUCAUCAAAGAGUUUAUGGAUUCCAAACAGAGUAAAACAGGAAAGCCUGAUCCAGCUGAACCCAUCAAGCCAACCCCAUUCCCACUCAACACUGUGAAGGUGAUGGCACCGUUCUGCUUCAGAGAGUGGAUGGAAAAGCAGAAGCCUGCCCUGGCUGGUGGUCAGCCGGUGGAUAUGUUUGGAGCACAGUUUGAGACUGAGACGUUACUCUUUGGUCCUGGGACAUCUGGAACCUCUAGGAGAAAAACUGAUGGCUGGAUCUGGCAACUGGAAGGGUCCUCCAGCGUCUCCAUGGAUGGCAAGGAGUACAAUCUGUCCAUAGGGGAUUGUCUUCUUAUUUUUGGAGAGACUGAGUAUCAGUGGAAACGAUCACACGAUUGUGUCGCUUUGUAUGUUGCCCAAGACCCAGAACGGAAGAGACCCUACUGAGACACAUCGGCACACAUGAGAACUUCUUUAGGAGCAAAUGUAUCAACAAUUUUAUUAUGUAAAAACACAGUAUCGUUUUCACAAUAUUCACACAUUAUUAGACAAAACAUAUGCUUCUUCUAUUAGUAUAAUGUAACGGUGCUGUCCAGUUUUGAUGCCUGGCAACAAUGUGCUGCUACUCAGCAGUUUUAUAAUGCAUAAAACCUAGGGUAGUGUAAGGUAAUGUGUGGCUAAAGUGAGCUAGUAUGUUUGGCAGCUAUCCAGCACACUUGGCCACACUGUGAUAGAGAUGUAGGUAAACAUGUGAGAUGUGGUUCAUUGCCCUCAAUUCAUUGAAAAGCAGGGCCGUAGAAGUGAAUCAUGGCAUAACAAACAGAGCAAACGGAAAGGGUGAACCUGCAGACCUGACAGUUUUAUUUCAACUCUUGUGCAAGGCUGAUAAUUUGCUGCCUAAAGUAAUAUUCUUGAGAUACCAGAGCUGGUUUCAUAAAUGGUAUUGUGCCAACCAUUCUUGUCUGCAGUUAUUAAACAUAUAAACAGUU